CACGGGGGGGGACGGAGCGCGGACCCCCCCACAGCAGUAGCAGCCGUUCGGGUGUGGGCAUGGUGAUGGGGCUGGGUGUCACGGGGUGUCCCCCCCUGCCCCAUCAGCCCCCCACGCAGGGAGCUCAGCCCCACGUCAGCAGCUCGGGGAGCUCUCCAAGGAGGAGCCCCCGGCCCCUUUGGGGGUUUCUGACCCCAAACGGCAGCGCCGGGGUGGGUGCAGAGCAGCGACCCCAUGGGCACUGCCCGGAGGCUGUGGGCAUGGAGGUGUCAGAGGCCACGGGCACAGAGGGCACCAGGACACCGAGCUGGAAAUCGCCGCUCCCCCCGAGCCCCAUUCGUGCCCCCGGGUGGGCGCAGCGAGGCGCGGGGGCCCCCGGUUCCCUCCAGAGCACCCCGGAAACGCAGGUUCAGCCCCCCCACCCCCAAUGGGUCUGUUUUCACUGCAAGCAAUUAUUUUAUCCAAUAUCUUAAAAUAACAACCCAGACACGUAUAAAUAUUUUAGCAUUUUCGUGAUAAAAUAUUCAGAAUUUUACUCCGAGCAGAAUUUCAUUUCAGUUUUACUACCCGGCCUUUUGAACACGAUUAAAACGUUUUAAGAGCCGGCAAACUCAAGUAAGCAAUUCAUCCACUCAGAACGGCCUUCUGCAGCUUCCCAGUUUACCCAAAAAGCAACGUGGGAAAACAAAAAGUCCCUCAGGGGUCAAUUUGAUUGAGUUCUCCCUUAUUUUCCGGUCUGGCGGCUGCGCGGCGGGCUGGAGCAGGGAGCGGACAUCCCGUCUGCAUUUCGCGUGGGGAAGCUGCGCUGCUGCGACAGCGUGGCCGCUUUGGAUUUCCAUCCUCCGAAGGGAUUUUCAAAACGAAUUAAGGCUUUAAAAAAAAAAAAAAAAAGCCAAAAAAAAAAAAAGCGACAAGAAUAAUCCGGGGCUGAGAGGAAAUGCUCUUAGCGAGGCCGACGGGGCUGGCGGGACGCCGGCAGGGGGCUGUAAUCCCGGCCUGCCCACGGCCGGGGGGGCACGGGGGGCAGCGCGUGCUGUGCAAGGGCCCAAGGGGGGGCAGAGGGGUCGGGGUGGGGGGAGCAGCUGGCUCCUGGCUGGGUUUGGGGUGUCCCCAGGGGGUUCCUGGUCCAUCGGUGGGCCGCAGGGUGCUGCGAGGGCUCGGCAGCGGGGGCUGCGCUGCACACUGCGCGUUGCAAACUGCACGGUGCAGGCUGCGUUGCAAAUCGUGCACUGCAAGCUGCACGGUGCAAACCGCACAGUGCAAACUGCACGGCGCAGAACGCACGUUGCAGACUGCUUUGCAAAUUGCGCGUUGCAAACCGCACGUUGCAAACUGUGUGUUGCAAGUUGAACGUUGCAGACUGCAUUCAGCAUGUGCAUUGCAAAUUGUGCGUUGCAGGCUGCACAUUGCAAACUGCAUGUUGCAGACUGCCUUGCAAACUGCGCAUCGCACACUGCAUUGCAAUCUGCACGUUGCAGACUGCCUUGCAAAUUGGGCGCUCCAAACUGCACAUCACAGGCUGCAUUGCAAACGGUGCGUUGCAAAUUGCACCUUGCAAACUGCAAAUCACAGGCUGCAUUGCAAACUGCAUGUUGCAAACUGCACGUUGCAAACUGCACGUCACAGGCUGCAUUGCAAACGGUGCGUUGCAAAUUGCACCUUGCAAACUGCAAAUCACAGGCUGCAUUGGAAACUGCAUGUUGCAAACCGUGCAUUGCAAACUGCACAUCGCAGGCUGCAUUGCAAACUGUGCGUUGCAAACUGCACGUUGCAGACCGUGCGUUGCAGACCGUGCCUGGGGACCCGCAGGGGAGCGGGCGGUGGGGUUACGGCCCGGAGGCAGCGCGGAGCUGACGAUGUUUCUUCGCUCCUCUCUGAAUGACAGUCUUCCUCUGCCCUUUCUCUCCUGCCUCGCCCACCCCUGCCGGAUCCCACCCUGCGGACCCUCU